AUGGCUUCACGCCCAACACUAUUGUUUUUGCUCUUGGCUUUUAGCAAUCAAACUGGUGCAACGUUAUGGGACGGAGGUAAAAUUGUGGAUGGAAAGUGUUUUGUUUUUGUGAAAUAUCCUAAAGUGACUUGGAACGAAGCGCAGUCUGCCUGCGCAAACAUGGGAGGUGCUCUUGCGACCGUUAGCUCACUGUCACAAAUCAGUAAAUUUGAGUCGGAGUUCAGCAUAGGUGGAGAGGUAUAUUGGAUUGGUCUCAACGACAAAGCAGUUGAGGGACAAUUUGCGUGGGAUGAAACCAAGAGCCCAGCUACUGAAAUAACAAGUGAUUGGUGGGCACUAAAUUUCCCCACAACUUACAACAGUGACCUCCAAGAUUGCGGGGGAGUCACAAAUGGACACAUCUUUGACAGUUAUGGCACUUUAAAUCUAAUGUACCUGUGCAUUGAACCCAAUUCUUCUACGACAAAAUGCACUGCACCUACAACCCCACCUGCUACAGUAAUUCAGCCGGAAACCACAACAGCUAUAUCCACUAUUGGUAACACAAAAUGGGACGGAGCUAAAAUUGUGGAUGGAAAGUGUUUUGUUUUUGUGAAAUAUCCUAAAGUGACUUGGAACGAAGCGCAGUCUGCCUGCGCAAACAUGGGAGGUGCUCUUGCGACCGUUAGCUCACUGUCACAAAUCAGUAAAUUUGAGUCGGAGUUCAGCAUAGGUGGAGAGGUAUAUUGGAUUGGUCUCAACGACAAAGCAGUUGAGGGACAAUUUGCGUGGGAUGAAACCAAGAGCCCAGCUACUGAAAUAACAAGCGAUUGGUGGGCACUAAAUUUCCCCACAACUUACAACAGUGACCUCCAAGAUUGCGGGGGAGUCACAAAUGGACACAUCUUUGACAGUUAUGGCACUUUAAAACUAAUGUACCUGUGCAUUGAACCCAAUUCUUCUACGACAAAAUGCACUGCACCUACAACCCCAUUAGCUACAACCCUACCAGCUACAACCCCACCAUCUACAACCCUACCAACUACAACUCAACCAUCUACAACUCUACAAGCUACAACCACAGUACCUACAAGAACUAGCGCCAGCACCACUCAAGCUACAACAACAGACAGUUCUGCAGUGACUGUCACAAGCAAUGUUUUACAUUUCACGCUGUCGAUCACACUUACUGCAGUAUAUUUCUACACAAUGUCUUAG